UUCUGUUAAAGGACUACACAGAUGUGAAAAACCACCUUCUAUAACUGACGGUGAGAUAAUUGAAGAAACCAAAAGCAGAGAAUAUUUUACAGGCCACAUUGUGAAAUACAGAUGCAACCAUGGUUUCCACAUUAUUGGGUCAGAGGAAAGCCAAUGUACGGAAGGAAUGUGGUUGUCUCCUCCUGAAUGUAUCGGUGAUUCAUGUGAAAAGCCUCCAGCUGUUGCAAAUGGGGCUGCUUUAUUGAGAAAAUUAAAAUAUGAACAUGGUGACAGCAUAGAAUAUGUCUGCCACAAGGGCUUCAAGAAAACAGAUAACACACCAUCUAAGUGUUUAGAAGGGAGGUGGUGGAACAUCCCUACUUGUAUCUCAACCUCAUGCGAUUCACCGCCAAGUAUUGACAAUGGACAUCUGAAAUAUCCUGUAAAGAAUGAGUAUGAAUCUGGUGAAAAGGUGCACUAUGAAUGCAGAAGUGGUUAUGCGUUCCAGAACAAGGAUGAAGCCAUGUGUGAGGAAAGAGAAUGGAAGUCUAUACCAGUGUGCAGGAGAAAAGGAGAACGCUGUGUGAAACCACCUACUGUUAAGUUUGGUGAUUACCUUGGAGAAAGAAGGAAUUAUUAUGAAUCAGGCUCUUCUGUGGAGUAUAAGUGUCCAGACUUUUAUAAGAUGCAAGGAAAUAAAUUUGUGAAAUGCCAGGAUGGAGUAUGGGGCGAGCCACCUACUUGUCUAGAGCCUUGUAUAACACAAGAGAAAGAAAUAAAGCAAAACAACAUUGUACUUAAAUGGACAGCUACUCCUAAACUCUAUAGUGAACAUGGUGACAAUAUUGAAUUCAUCUGUAUUCGUGGACAUGAAAUAGCUGAUCAAACAAAGCUAAAAUCAAAGUGUAAUCAAGGGAUAAUCCCAUAUCCUAAGUGUGUUAAAAUUGGCUCUUGUUACCUAUCACAAUCAGAAAUGAAGAACAGAAAUUUAUAUCUGAACAGAACUAGUGAAAUCCUACCUGGAGAAACCGUUACAUUUGAGUGUUAUGAAGGAAUGGUCCCAGAAACCAGCCUGUUAGCAAUAUGUGUUAACAGAAAACUUAACUACCCGAAAUGUGUGAUUUCAAAAAAAUGUACAUCUGUUCCUGAAAUUCUGAAUGGGAAGAUUAGGAGUGGAGUACAAGACAGCUAUGAGUCAGGCUCAUCUGUUGAAUUUGAAUGUAAUGAGAAUUAUGUGCUCUCAGGGUCUAUAAAUGUUAAAUGUGAAGAUGGUAUCUGGGUUGACCUUCCGCGAUGUCUUAGACCAUGCAAAAUUUUGGGGAAAGACCUUAAUGAAAAAAAUAUUGCACUGCAGUCAUCAGUUGAUCUGGAUAAGAUUUAUAAAGAUGGUGAGGAGGUUAAUCUUAAGUGCAGUCCAGGAUUCCGAAAUCCAUCUCCAUCAUCUUCUGUAAAAGGGGAAUGCAGUGAUGGUAAAAUGAAAUACCAAAGGUGUUUCUCAGGGUCAACAUGCCGGUUAAAUCAAGACCAACUUGAUCAGUUUAAUUUGGAGCUGGAUCCUGUGCACAAUAAUGACAUUUAUUAUGGAGAAGGUGAAGAUGUUAUAUUCAAAUGUAAGGUGGGAUUUUUUAGUACAUCAGAACUGACCCGAAAAUGUACCAACACACAACUGACUUAUCCACGAUGUCAGUAGACAUACGAAUAGAGGGUCUCCUGUAUGAACUAAAGGCAGCAAGAUAAACCAGACCUCUCAACAAUAUUCACACAUUAUUUCCAGUGGUAAAAUAGAUGUAUAUAUUCAACAAUUCCAAUCUGCAGAAAGCAUUAAAAAUGUUGCUCUGGUUAUAAAUCAAAAGUUCCACACGUUCUAUAUACUGCAUUUUUAAAGUGCUUUUUUUUCUCUAAUCUUGCGCUGUAAAAUGACUGACAUAACCAUCUACACAUUGUACACUUUCAGACUACCGUAUAUUACAGAAUAAAAAAUGUUAGGCAACCUGCUAAA